GCAGCAGGAAAACGGAACUCGAGCCAACUGCCUGUACGACACCGGCAGCCCGAGGUGGUUGGGCAUCGGUUUUCAAGUCAGCCAGAGUCUCCAGGCUCUCUAUCGGAGAGUGAAUGCGGUUGAUGCUGUUCUGCUGCACCUGGAAGGACGAACGCAUGGGAGAGGAGGAAGCUGGAGGAAGUUUGCCCGUGUGUGCGGGAUGCAAACAGAGGAUAUACGAUGAACAGUAUCUCCAAGCUCUCAAUACUGACUGGCACACCGUCUGCUUCAGAUGCUGUGAGUGCAGCUGCUCGCUGUCCCACUGGUAUUAUGAAAAAGAUGGCCGGCUCUUCUGCAAAAAUGACUACUGGGCCAAGUUUGGGGAGCUGUGCCAUGGCUGCAAUGACCUUAUCACCACUGGCCUCAUUAUGGUCGCAGGGGAGCAGAAGUAUCACCCUGAAUGCUUCACCUGUCUUAACUGCAGGACUUUUAUCGGUGAUGGAGACACAUACGCUCUAGUGGAGAGAUCCAAACUCUACUGUGGUCACUGUUAUUACGACACCAUCGUCACCCCCGUGUCACUGCCAGACUCGCCAUGUUCGCGGAUCCCUCACACGGUCACGCUAGUGUCGAUACCCGCCUCCGCUGAGGGUACCAACGGGCGUCGGGGGAGGGGCUUCUCUGUGGCAAUCGACCAGCCGCUAAGCCCCAAUGAAGACCACAGUCCUGAACUCGGACGCACGGUCAGGGUGUCUCAGGUGGAUUCUGACUGCAUCAGUCCAGAUGUGAAGAAUUCUAUCCAUGUCGGGGACAGAAUCCUAGAAAUCAAUGGGACGCCUAUUCACAAUGUUCCUUUGGAUGAGAUCGACCUGCUCAUUCAGGAGACGAGUCGGCUUCUCCAGCUCACCAUCGAACACGACCCUCACAGUCGGGUGCAAGAGGCCAGCCCUUCCGAUGUUGGCGAGCAGGUGGACGGACCCCUAUCUCCGCCAUUGUCUGGGGGGCUCUGUUCCACUCUCCCCAUUCUGCCUAUCACACAACCACCUAACCCCGACAUCAGUAAUCUGAAAUCACGCCUUGUCACGCGGAGCUACAGCAUUGAUAAGUCGCCAAGCUCCAGUAAAGCUACGUCCCCUAUCUCACCGAGAAAAGACAUCAAUCGCUCCGAAUCGCUUCGGGUCGUCUCCAAUCGGACUCACCGCAUCUUUCGCCCCUCUGACCUCAUCCAUGGAGAAGUGCUUGGAAAAGGCUGCUUCGGACAGGCCAUCAAGGUGACCCACAGGGAGACUGGAGAGGUAAUGGUGAUGAAAGAACUGAUUCGCUUUGACGACGAGACGCAAAGAACAUUCCUGAAAGAGGUGAAGGUCAUGCGUUGCUUGGAUCACCCCAAUGUGCUCAAGUUCAUUGGCGUCCUCUACAAAGACAAGCGACUGAAUUUCAUUGCAGAGUACAUAAAGGGAGGCACAUUAAGGGACAUCAUCAAGAAAAUGGAUAGCAACUAUCCUUGGAACCAGCGUGUCAGUUUUGCCAAGGACAUAGCUGCUGGGAUGUCGUAUCUGCAUUCCAUGAACAUCAUCCACCGAGACCUGAACUCUCACAACUGUCUUGUCCGGGAGAACAACACAGUUGUGGUGGCAGAUUUUGGGUUGGCGAGGCUUAUGGUAGACGACAAACUCGAAGAGAAGUUUUCGCAGGGUAAACUGCCAGGUUUGAAGAAGCCCGAUCGUAGGAAGAGGUACACGGUGGUGGGGAACCCCUAUUGGAUGGCUCCUGAAAUGAUCCACGGAAAGAGUUAUGACGAGAGGGUGGACAUUUUCUCAUUUGGGAUUAUGCUAUGCGAGAUCAUUGGCCGGGUCAAUGCUGACCCAGACUACCUCCCCAGGGCGGUGGACUUUGGAUUGAACGUGUCGGGCUUCCUUGAGCACUACUGUCCCCCUGAUUGUCCUACGGCAUUCUUCCCUAUUGCUGCUAUGUGCUGUGACCUUGACGCUGAUAAACGCCCGGCUUUCUCCAAACUGGAGGAAUGGUUGGAGAACUUGAAGAUGCACCUGGACAUGGGUCUCCCUCUCGUGUCUGAAGUGGAGCAGCUCCACAAGGCCUUCUGGGAGAACAAUAUCGUCACGAGGCCUGAGAAUGGCCUACACAUCCACCCUGAACAGCCAGAGUGAGGCCGGACAAGACAGGAGAGGGUCCAGGUGACGAUUUGCUCCCUGUGGUGAAAGAGUCAUGUAUUGUAACUCUUCACUACACCUCAAGUAGAUGUAAUGCAGCUUGGCUCAGGCCGAACGAGUAGACUCAGGGGAAGAACGUGAAAAGCCGGAAAAGCCAAAAUCUGAAAAGCCACUUGUUCAAGGGGAGCCACAUGGUCAAAGUCCGGUAGAGAGACUUUGACCAUGAGAGCUUAUUCUGCUGCACAUGAUGCUUCCGUAGAGCAUGACGUAUGCAAUAAGCAUCCAUCUUUCUAGUCAUAACUCAGCUCUUGUAUAAUGUAGAUUUACAUUUUCAGUUACAAGCGUGAGCAUAUAUGUUUAUGUCGCUGAAGCAGCAAAAAAAAAAAAACAGGGCGAUCUUAAAGUUUAGGAGUAAGGACCCUACAUUGUGCACAUGUAGAGCGUCCUGCUUUGUCACAAAACAUGUACAAAAAGCCAGCUGGAUUUCAAAAUAUCUUUAGCAUCGCUGACUAGAGUGCAUGCAUGUACAUUUUGGUUUCAUUCUUAUUCAUAAUGUCCCAAAAACUUAUAAUGCUGAUUGUGUAGCACUGAUUCAACUGUGAGAUACACACAAAGACACACAAUCACACAUGAACAUGGUUAUGGCUAAAAAAUGUUAGUUGUUUGCCUCCCUCCCUGGUAAUGUGGCAUCUUAAAUAUUCCAAUGUGCUCUUGUGUACAUACGCGGCAGCUUUGUAAAUGUGUUUAAUAUUGUAAAUGUAAAGACAUAUUUUCUCUACGUAUUUACAUCAUUGCCAUAUUUUUAUUGGCCGAGCUGACUGAAAAUUGUGGCGAUCGAAAAGUUUUGACUGCAGUGUACGGGGGUCAGCAGUUGAUAGACAAUUUUUGCUCCUCUAUUUGAUCUCAAUGUGUUACAAUGUGUCAUCUGGUGGUUGAUUACGCCAGUAAAACACCCUUAAAAUUAUGAAUUGAAAGCGUUAGUGAUGUAUACUGUAUACAGUAUAUCUUUAUUGUUCAUAUUAAUAAUACCAAAUAUUGGCUCAUAGUACAUUUUCACUCACUCUGUUUACAUGUACAUUCUGUCUGUAAAUAUCUAUUUAUACUGUGUGUCUUUACACAUCUGUAUUUCAGUCUAUGUCCGUUGCAGUAAUGUGCACAAUGGCACGGCUUUGGAAAUAAUGAUUGCUUCCACAAAUUUCUCACCCGCACCUUUCCAAUCUUUUGGCUGUAAACUUAAAAUUGGUUUAUUUCUAGCAUAUGUUUUUCACAAGAUGCAUGGUAAACAUGCUAUAGAUGAUCUGCCUUCUAAGCCUGAAUAUUGUGAUGUUAAAAAACAUUUUUAAGUAGAUAUUAAAAAACAGCAUCUGUUUAUAUAUGCCACUCAAACCACUGAAAUCUUUUGUAUAGAUUUUCAUUUGCACUAUAUUAACCAAAUGGCUGGUUAAAGCCAUGUUGUUGUUUUUUUUUAUUUCCUUCUUUGGGCUACUUGUGAUAAUAAGGAAGUAAUAUUGGUUCAGGUUGAUAUAACGAUGCAAGACAGUGGUUGAGCCUUUUAAAAUGUAACACUCAGAAAAAGCCAUCCUCAUGAUGUCAAACUGGACUUCACUGGUGAAACAUUUUGCACAUUUCAUGCGCCUUUUUGAUUGAACCUAAUCCAUAUGUGGUGACCAUUUAGAGUGUACAAUUUAGAUUUUUAAUAACAAGCAUGUCCAGUUUGAAAGCUCCAGAGGAUACUUUUCCUGUUUGCUUCUCUGACGGUGUGAUGUCUGUCCCAGCUCUGCUUGCUGCCUUGCUUUAGUGGUCCUUUGUCAACAGUGUUGUGUGGAGUGUCUGAUGAUUUGCCUGCAAAAACACUGACCAGUAGUCUUUUCACCCAAAGCAGUCCUUAACCUUCAACUUCUCUCCUUUGGCUCAGGGCCGUCAUUUCCUGGUGUAGAAGUCAAUCCACAACACAGUAGUAACAGACGUAAAGAGCAUGCGAUUACUUUAUAGCCUGCUAUUCCAAACUGCUUAUUCAUAGCAAACCAUUCCGCGGUUAUGUGAUACUAGUGUACAUGUUACUCUUAAUUCCAGUGUGAGCCAUAUGAGCAUGUUGAUGAUGUCUCAGUGAGGACGAUGCGAUGAUCUAUUAGAAUGUUGCCGCAGCACUUCUUUGCAAAGGAUCAAUACCUCUGAUCAAUGCUGUGCCUUUGUUGUAAGCUAGCCUUGCCAACGACUUGAAAAAUGACCUGAUUUCCUGAUUUUAUUUUUUAUGUAUCAUAUGUGCAAGCCUGAUUUCAGUGGACUGAAUAUCAUUGCUGAUGACAGUUUGUGUAAGAUUUUCUUCUUGUCCUUUCAUAUUUAUAUUUUCCUGAGCUUCACUCUCUUUUGAUAUUUUAAUAAUAUAGUCUUCUGUUGUCUUAUUUAAUUUUUACACAAGCUGUGAAAACAAUUCUGCACUUUAAAUCCUAUACGUGAACAUUCGGACUCUUGAGACGACGAGUGUUUUGUUUUCUUUUUACUUUUUGUCACGGCUGAAAAAUAAAAUUGUUGCUCCUGAAAGAAAA